UCGUAGGUUUGGUUGCGAGAUCAUCAUCAAUUCAUCAUCAUCAAUUCAUCAUCAUCAAAUGUGUUGUGUGAGAAAGAAGAAGUGACAGUUGUGAAUCCUUCGUCAAUGGAAAACCAAUUGUAUUGAUUCAAAGCCAAUAUUAUUCCAUUGGAGUUCACGUUCUCUUCUUCACCGCUCACCAAAACUCACAGACAAAAUUACGUCAACAGCUUCGUAGCAAUGUGUGUUAUGUAAUAAUCCCUUCACUACUCAACACGUUGAUCUCAACUUUUCCUUCUGCACUCUGCCAUCCCCUUCACUCUGACUUCAAUCUGUUUGAUCUGUCCCCGUUUUCUUCUUUCUACAGCCUUUGCCAGGCUAUACAGCAUUGAUGUGAGAUCUGGUUUUGAAGAGAUAUGCAGAGAGAAAAUAGUUUCAACUAUCCAUCGAGCCCUAGUGCUCGGCUUCGACACCGUAGGAGAUCGAAUGAGGGAAUUGUGGAGGAUUUGAAGUCAAAUGGAAGCCCUUUACUUGUUAAUGACAGAAAUAAAUAUAAGUCAAUGUUGAUUCGUGCCUAUUCAUCUGUCUGGAUGAUUGGAGGGUUUGCAUUAGUAAUAUACCUUGGACAUCUAUAUAUUAUGGCUAUGGUGGUAGUAAUCCAAAUCUUUAUGGCACGAGAACUUUUCAAUCUACUUAGGAGGACUCAUGAAGACAGGCAGCUCCCAGGAUUCCGGUCAUUAAACUGGUACUUCUUCUUUACGGCAAUGUUUUUUGUCUACGGCCGUCUUCUCAGUCAACGGCUUGUCAAUACUGUAACAACAGAUAAAGUUCUGUAUCAGCUUGUUAGCAGCCUCGUCAAGUAUCAAAUGGCCAUUUGCUAUUUUUUGUAUAUUGCAGGUUUUAUGUGGUUCAUUCUCACUCUAAAAAAGAAAAUGUACAAAUAUCAGUUUGGCCAGUAUGCAUGGACACACAUGAUCUUGAUAGUUGUGUUUACACAGUCUUCGUUCACUGUUGCUAACAUCUUCGAAGGAAUCUUCUGGUUUCUUCUUCCAGCAACACUCAUUGUAAUAAAUGACAUUGCUGCAUACUUCUUUGGAUUUUUCUUUGGACGAACCCCAUUGAUCAAGAUAUCACCAAAGAAAACUUGGGAGGGAUUCAUAGGAGCCUCUGUGACAACUAUUAUCUCGGCAUUUAUGCUUGCAAACAUCAUGGGUCGGUUCAGUUGGCUCACUUGUCCAAGAAAGGAUUUAUCAACUGGUUGGCUUCACUGUGAUCCAGGUCCCAUGUUCACACCAGAAUUUUUUACUUUGCCAGGAUGGAUUCCUACAUGGGUGCGUACAGUGUUCCCAUGGAAAGAUGUUACCAUUUUGCGAGUUCAGUGGCAUGCUAUAUGUCUUGGUUUGUUUGCAUCAAUAAUAGCUCCUUUUGGCGGCUUCUUUGCGAGUGGCUUCAAGAGAGCUUUUAAAAUCAAGGAUUUUGGUGAUAGCAUUCCUGGACAUGGUGGAAUCACAGAUAGGAUGGAUUGUCAGAUGGUGAUGGCUGUGUUUUCAUACAUCUAUCAUCAAUCAUUUGUUGUGUCUCAGAGCAUCACUGUUGAAUCAAUUAUUGAUCAGGUACUAAUGAAUCUUACAUUUGAGGAGCAACAACUUCUUUUCACGAAACUUGGGCAAAUGCUGCAAGACAGGCUGUUCCUGCAAUAGUAACAUCUGUCGUCCUUUUGUAUAUGGUGAUCUAGGAUUAAAAAUUUACUACUGACCUGUACAUGGAUAUUGUUUUGUAAUUUUCUUCCUCGUAUAAUUUAUCUGCAACAAGUCUUGGAAUUUAGAUGAUUGUUUCUACAUUUGCACUUUGUAUAGUUUAUGUGCAUCUUCAUUUGUAUAAGAGGGUGGAACCAUGGGCUCUCUUUUUAUUUUAGAGCAUGCGUGUAAAUACCAUUGAAAACUAAGCUCGAUGAUCUGAAGUUUUUCUUACAUAAUUUCAGCUUCGUUACAGACCUGUUUAGUAAA